AUGCUGAGGAAGCAUGAAAUCAAAAGAGACAGGCACAAAGACCGGCACGAAAAACAAGCACAUGCUGAGAAGCAUGAAAUCAAAGAGAUCAGGACAAAGAGCAGGCACGAAAAACAAGCACAUGCUGAGAAGCAUGAAAUCAAAGAGAUCAGCACAAAGACAGGCACGAAAAACAAGCACAUGCUGAGAAGCAUGAAAUCAAAGAGAUCAGGUACAAAACAGGCACGAAAACAAGCACAUGCUGAGAAGUAUGAAAUCAAAGAGAUCAGGUACAAAGACAGGCACGAAAAACAAGCACAUGCUGAGAAGCAUGAAAUCCAAGAGAUCAGGUACAAAGAGAUCAGGUACAAAACUGCGAUUGAGAAAAACAAGCACGAAGCCAAGCAUGGAAAUGAAAAUUUGCACAUUAAACUGCGUCUAAAUUUGGAAAUGCCAAAAAACACAAGGGAUGCAAAAGUGGAAAUACAUGUACAACCCGAAGCAGCAAUGCAGAAAGACAAGGCACAGAAAAAGAAGCUGAUGGGCAACUGAGGCCAGCAAAAUGUACGAACUCUGCAGGAUGAAUCAUGAACUUUUUUCGUGCGGUUUAAAUGGUUUAAAUGUUGUGUAAUAAUUGAAGAGAGUUUGAACUUCUUGUGGUUUGUGGGGUAAUAUUUGGAGAGCUUGAAUUGAACUUCAUGUGGUUGCAUUUCAAAUAAGUUUCGAGUCGCUUGUAGAGCGCAGUGUGAACAAUCAAUGUACUGUGUGUUAUGUCAGUGUUUGCAAAACAAUGAUGCUGUCAAUGUACUGUGUGUUAUCUCGUGUUCGCAAAAAGUGAUGGUCUGUUUGGUUUGCAUGAUA